AUGGCUCAAAUACCCGUGCAGACGAUCCCUAGGGAUCCCCAAUUAUUCUAUUGGAUCCUGUUCCCCAUCACCGUUGUCAUGGUCUUGACUGGUGUCCUCCGUCACUAUGCCUCCGUCUUAAUGGCCACUGUACCGAAGAGGUUCGAUGCAAAGUCAUUGAAGGAGCAGCGUGCCAUGGUUCACGGCGUUGCAACGCGAAGCAACUUCCAUGUGCUGUCCGCCCCGUCCUUCCGCGUGCGCCGCGACUACUUGACCAACGCCUACGAGUCUGGAGCAUUUCUGAAGGACCCUGAACGUCGUGGCCAACCUCCCGCGAACCCCAUGACGGAUCCCAACGCUAUGGACGGUAUGAUGGGCAUGAUGAAGAACAACAUGGCUAUGAUGAUUCCAAACACCCUGAUUAUGAGCUGGAUCAACGCCUUUUUCAGUGGCUUUGUGAUCAUCAAGCUGCCUUUCCCGAUUACUAUCAAGUUCAAGAGCAUGCUGCAAGCUGGCGUCAUGACGAAGGAGAUGGAUCCCAGGUGGAUGUCUAGUAUCAGCUGGUAUUUCCUGUGCAUCUUUGGCUUACAGAGCGUAUUCAACUUUAUUCUUGGUAGUGAAAAUGCUGCGAAUCAGAUGGCCCAGCAGAUGGGCGCCAUGGGUCCUCAGGCUGGCCCUCAGAUGUUCGGCCCGGGAGUUGAUCCCGACAAGCAGUUCAAGACGGAGGCUGAGAAUCUGGCAGUCGUUGAGCAUUAUUCGGUACUUGAUGAUGUAGAGGAUCGAUUGCUCGAGGGUAUCAAGUCUAAAUAG